AUGAGGGUACUUUCCUAGUUUAAAUUGACGAAGCCCGUUCUUUGCGGACUGCCAUAUUUAGUUUGGAAGAAGGAAAGAGGGAAAACCCAUCAAGAUUCAUUUCACAAGGAAGAUCACUUCAACAACAUCAAGGAAAUGGAGGUUUUAGAGCAGUCUGCUGUUGUUCUUGCAGGAAAAUCCAAGUUAAGGUAUCCAUUGAGAUCUGCCUCCAAAUCAAUAUCCAAGGAGGACAAUGACAAGCCACAACUCCCCUCUGCUUCCAAGAGGGACAGGGCUCCAUCAACUUUAAGUAAAAGUGUGGGUGUUCUUCAAUUGUCUGGCGAGGACAAAUCUGCAAGGCCACCUAGAAGAAGGCUAUCUGUUCCUGCCAAGUCAGUGGCCACUACUGCUCUGAAACCACCACCAGGGAACAUCACCCCAAUAUCUGAGACUAGAGUCAAGAGAUCUGCUACCAAAAAUGACACCCCUCUUUCUAAUGCUUCCAUGGCUUCAACUCGAAAGAAAUUCAACGCGAUCGCUUUAGCUUCCUAUUGGCUCUCACAAAUUAAGAUAUCUGAAUCUGUUGCUAAGCAUUCAAUCUCUCUUGCUUUCUUCAAACUUGCCUUAGAAGCUGGAUGUGAGCCGGUUCAAAUUCAAAGGUUGAGGAAUGAGCUGAAGUCGUAUGUAGGUCGUCAUGAACUCAGUGAUUUUGGGGAAACGGUGAAAGAAUUAUUUGAGAGCUAUAAUAUCCCAGACCAUCAAGAACAGGUGCAGGUCUCGGAAACAUGUUCUCAUGUUCUGCCUGAUGACGCAACUCGAUCAUCUGAUGAUGAAGUUCACAGCUCUCUUUCUAUAACGGGGACAAGGAAACUGAGGCCCAGGUCCUUGAAUGCUGAUGCUUCUCAAGUUUCCACAGUGACACAAUCAGCCAACAAGGAGACCUCUCAGAGGAAGAACACUACAGCAACCAAUACCAGGGUGGGGUCUUUGAACAAGAAUACUGAAAAUUCAAGGACUGUUUCAGAAACCGGGAGUCGUAGGGUACAGAAGAAACCCCAGAAGAGCAGUAAGGAAGAAACAACCAAGCGCAAGAUCAAGAAGCAGGAAAAGAAAUCUGCGGCCGAAGAAGGCGGGGGUCCAAGUAGCCCUACAGCUGCUGCGAUUACACCUGAAGAGAACAAAGAAAACAUGGAUGCUCCGCCACUGGAAGAGAUCAGUCUGAUGACUUAGGCCAACUAGGCAGACAUGCCACAACAAAUUGCUGAACCAUUUCAUUCUCAUACUCUUUUUGGUGUUAUCUUCGUUGUCUUUAAGUGGGUCUUUUCCUUCAAAUGUAAGAGCCCAAGAGGGGUUUAAGGUGAAGGUGUUUGUUUCAGUCUGGUGUGAUGUUUGUUUCACUAGUCACCAAGUGUUGGUUCAAAAUGUGGAUUUGUUCAUGUUUGUAAAAUUACCAGUGAUACAUAUUUCAUUUGAUGAGUUAUUCAAAUUUAUUUCUUUAGAGUUAGUAAA